ACACUCCUAAACUCUGACGGCGGCCUGUCAGCGCAGGAGCAGAUGUACAUCCUGUACGAUGUGAAGCUGCAGUGCCACCUGAAUCUCUCCAACCGGGAGCCCACAAACACAGAUGAUUGGUGUCCUCCAGGCUGGGAUGGCCUCAUCUGUUGGCCCCAGGGCUCUCCAGGGUUAAUCACCAGGGUCCCAUGCCCCUCCUACAUCUAUGACUUCAACCAUAAAGGCAGUGCGUACAGAAAGUGUGACGUCAACGGCUCCUGGGUGUUUGUGGAGAGCUUGAACAGAACGUGGGCCAACUACACAGAAUGCCUGCACUUCCUGCAGCCGCGCAAUGAGAAGGGCAAGGAGAACUUCUUCAGGCGGCUGUACGUGAUGUACACCGUGGGCUACGCCGUCUCCUUCAGCUCCCUCCUGGUAGCCAUCUUCAUUAUCGCAUACUUCAGGCGUCUCCACUGCACCAGGAACUACAUCCAUGUGCACCUCUUCAUCUCCUUCAUGCUGAGGGCGGUCAGCAUCUUUGUGAAGGACAAGGUGGACUACGCCUGGGCCGGCCUGCAGGACUUUGACUCUCUGCUCAUGGACAACAUCAAGCCAGUCACCAUUGCGCCGCUGGAUAACUCCCAGUAUAUCGGAUGUAAGAUCACGGUGCUGCUCUUCAUCUACUUCCUGGCCACCAACUACUACUGGAUCCUGGUGGAGGGGCUGUACCUCCACAGCCUCAUCUUCAUGGCCUUCCUGUCCGACUCCAAGUACCUGUGGAGGCUGACACUCAUCGGAUGGGGUGUUCCCGCUGUGUUUGUGGCAGCAUGGGCGGUCGUCAGAGCAACCCUGGCCGACACCAGGUGCUGGGAACAGAGUGCCGGCAACAUUAAAUGGAUAUAUGAGGUCCCCAUCUUGACGGCAAUUGGGCUGAACUUCCUGCUGUUUGUGAACAUUGUGCGCGUGCUGGCCACCAAGAUCCGGGAAACCAACGCUGGAAGGUAUGACACCAGGAAACAGUAUAGGAAACUGGCCAAGUCCACUCUGGUGCUGGUGUUGGUGUUCGGGGUCCACUACAUCAUCUUCGUGGGAUUACCGCAGACGACUAAAGGGCCAAGCUGGGAGGUCCGCAUGUACUUUGAGCUGUUCUUCAACUCCUUCCAGGGCUUUUUUGUAUCCAUAAUAUACUGCUACUGCAACGGAGAGGUGCAGACGGAGGUGCGGAAGACGUGGACGCGCUGGAACCUGGCGCUGGACUGGAAGGUGCCGGUGGCGUGCGGGCCCUGCCGCUACGGCUCGGUGCUGACGGGCCUCAACAACAACAACCACAGCACCAGCAGCCAGUCGCACCUGCCGCUGGGCCACCACGCCGCCACGCGCUCCACCACGCUGGUGUCCAGCCGCGUGUACCGCAGCUCGGCACCGCCCGCCCCCAGCGUCGCGCACGCCGCGCUGCCCGGCUACGUGGCGAGCGGCUCGGACGGCGACAGCCCCCAGCCGUCGGUGCGCGACGACGCCGAGGCGGAGGCGGAGGCGGGAGACGGAGACAGCGGGCCCAAGCGUCUGGAGGACAUCUCGCUGAAGGAGGCGCUGCCCGUGCUGGACAGCAGCGCCACUGCCGAGGACGAGGAGGAGGAGACCCUGUGA